UAUCUUUAGCUAUUUAUUCUACAGUCGGAAACCGGGUAGGGCUCGUCUGACGCAGAUCACCUCUGUCCGGUCAUUUUCCAAGGCGUCUUCAAGGAUUUCGCGAGCAAAAUGCAGAAGGACGUCCCACGCGAGCCGGAGCAGCUCCGCAAGCUGUUCAUCGGAGGUCUGAGCUUUGAGACGACAGACGAAAGCCUGCGAGCUCACUUUGAGCAAUGGGGCAGCCUUACAGAUUGUGUGGUCAUGAGGGACCCCACCACAAAGAGAUCAAGGGGUUUUGGUUUUGUCACAUACUCGUCUGUAAAGGAGGUUGAUGCUGCCAUGUGUGCCCGUCCACAUAAGGUUGAUGGCAGAGUAGUUGAGCCCAAACGAGCCGUUUCCAGGGAGGACUCAAACAGGCCAGGUGCCCACGUAACUGUGAAAAAGAUCUUUGUUGGCGGCAUCAAGGAAGACACAGAGGAGUCCCACCUGCGAGACUACUUUGAACAGUUUGGCAAAAUUGAGGUCAUUGACAUCAUGACUGACCGUAGCACAGGCAAGAAGAGAGGUUUUGCCUUUGUGACAUUUGAUGACCAUGAUUCAGUCGACAGGAUUGUCAUUCAGAAGUAUCAUACAAUCAACUCUCAUAACUGCGAAGUGAGGAAGGCCCUAACAAGGCAGGAAAUGCAGAAUACAGGAAUGGGUAUGAGAGGUCGCAGCAGCGGUGGAAGGCCCUAUGACUUUGACAGGGGCUUCAAUCAGGGUGGAAGAGGAAGAUAUGGAGAUGGUCCUUACAACUGUAAUGGUGGCGAUGGUGGCUAUGGAGGUGGUCCCGGGGGUCCUGGUGGAUACAACAAUGGAGGCAACCGUGGAUAUAACCAAGGCUACAACCAGGGUGGUGGUGGAGGAGGUGGUGGCUAUGGUGGAAAUGGUUAUGACAGCAAUGGUUAUGGUGGCAACUGUGGUGGAGGUGGUGGCGGUGGCGGAAACGGCUUCAAUGCCAUGGGCCACUAUGACUCCCAGGCCUCCAACUUUGGCCCAAUGAAGAACUUUGGUAGCACCAGUGGAGGUGGCAGGAACUAUGGUGGUGGAUAUGGAAGUGGCUCUAACAACGGUGGUGGUGGAGGAUACCGUCGUGGACAGUUUUAAAUGUGAAGUGGACUAUGUACUUAGGAGAGGAGAGCGAGGAGAGCAAGCGAAAUGACAGGGCAGCUGCAGGUUUUCCUCCUAAAUCUGCUCAGCCAAACAGUUGUGGCAGGGUACUGCUGCUGCAAGAGGAGAUGUACAAUAGCUUAAUCAUGGAGGGUCUUCAUUUAAACGUUUUGUGUAUUUCUUCAACAAAUGUGUUACUGGAAAGAAAGCAUUCCAAUGAGGUUUUAUGUAGAUUUUUUUUCCCUUUGAGUCUGGUUUUUAUUUGUAACUGCAACAAAUCAAGCUGAAAUAAAACAUCUUUCAGUUUUUUUUUUAAA